AUGACUACUGUUAUGAAUAUCAAUUCACAAAAAUCUGAGCAUUAUACAGGUUAUUCUCAAGAAACAGAUAGUGAAAGUGAUUAUAAAGCUUUUGAUAAUAUUGAUUAUAAUUUGGAUAACUUUAUAAAAAAUAAUACAAUUG